AUGGCAAGUGACGCGCCAGAGGCUACGGACUCGCAGCCAGUCACACAAAAUGGUCAACUAGAACCUCGCGAAAUUCCCGACGGACCAAACCCUCCCCCUCCUGAACUCUCAGUUGGGCAAGAGCCCAAACUGCCAACUCGAAAGGACACCUCAUUGCGGGAGUUUCUGAACAAAAUCGACGACUAUGCGCCCAUUAUCCCCGACGCCGUGACAAGCUACUACAUGACAAAGGCUGGCUUGCCUCCUCCGCCGCAAACCGACCCUCGUCUCGCUCGACUCCUGGCUCUUGCAACCCAGAAGUUCAUUGCUGAUAUCGCCGCCGACGCGUACCAGUAUAGUCGCAUCCGCGCGUCAAGCAACACCAAUAACCCCAUGGGCACGCUAGGCGCCGCUGCGGGCUUCCCGAUCCCCGGACAACAGGCAGGCCAACCAGGUAACAAGGAUCAAGGGAAGGGCGCGCCUCUGGGUAUUCAGCGGCCUGGAUACGGCGGCGGCGGCCAAGGCGGCAGCCAAAACCGAACCGUUUUGACCAUGGAAGAUCUGGGCAUGGCGGUUGGGGAGUACGGCGUCAACGUCAAACGCAGCGAGUUCUAUCGCUAG